UCUCUCUAAAAACUAAUUAUCUCUACUUUCCAAAUAUAUUUCAUAAGGCUACUAAAUGAUUGAAACUAAAAAUGAUACUAUUACUCUUGCAUUCACAUCACCAUAAAAUAAAUGCUCUAUUGGUGUUGGUGCCAUUAUUAGAAAAAAUAAUCAAAUCUUAUUAGUCUAAGAAGCAAAUGGACCUGCAAGAUAUUCUUGGGCUUUCCCUGCUGGUUUACUUUAAGAAAACGAAACCAUUUAAGCUGGAAUCAAAAGAGAAAUCUAAGAAGAAAUUGGAAUUGAUUCAUUAUUUAAAUCUAUUAUCUUUUUUGGAUAAUAACCUCUAUCUCGAUGGGGAAAAUAAGAUUUCUAUUUUGGAUGUGAAGUAGAAAUAUUUUAAAAUGAUUUUAAAAUAUGUUAAUAUGAAUUACUUGAUUGUAAAUGGUGGAACAUUGAUCAAAUUCAUUCAUUAUAAUUAACACCAAUUACCAGAAUUGGCUUACCUUAUAUAUUAUGA